UGACUGCUCUCAGGUAGUCCCGGGCUUUCCUCCAGUGAUUAACGCGACUCUGGGGCCUCAGUGCGCAUGCGAACAGGUGGCCCCGCCCCUUUGCCCGCGUUCGCGUUUCUCAUGCUGCCCGCGCGUUUCACGUCUAGGCUGCUAUGCAGGGUCCUGCGGGGAUCCGCUCUCAUGGUAGUGCGCCAUGGCCUCCGGGAGACGCUUCUGGAGAGGAGAUGCGCCGCCAGCUGCUCCCAGCGCCCAUCGGGCCUGGGUCGUGGGCCUCUCUGUGGCCCGACAGCGACUGGGGGUUACGAGGGAAGUGCUGACAUGGAGGAGCAUUUUCUGUUCCCCGAGUACGUCCCGGAUCCGGAGCCCGCACUGAGCCUCCAACACCGGCUGCAGGAGCUGCAGCAGCGGCAGGAGGAAGAGGAGCAACAGAGGCAACAGCGGCGGGAGGAACGGCGGCUACGGAAGCUAAAGGCGAGCGGGCGAGUGCACCCGGUGGUGGGGCACCCGGACCCGACGGUGCCGCCUAGCGGCCUGAACUGUUCGGGCUGCGGGGCGGAACUGCACUGCCAGGACCCCGGCUUGCCCGGCUACCUGCCCAGCGAGAAAUUCAGCGCGGCGGCUCAGACCGAAGGCGGGCUGGCGCGGACGGUGUGCCAGCGCUGCUGGCUGCUGGUUCAUCACCGACGCGCCCUGCGUCUGCAGGUGAGCCACGAGCAGUACUUGGAGCUGGUGAGCGCCGCACUGCGGCGGCCCGAGCCCUCCCUGGUGCUCUACAUGGUGGACCUCCUCGAUCUGCCGGACAACUUGCUGCCUCACCUGCCCGCGUUGGUGGGCCCCAAGCAGCUGAUCGUGCUAGGAAACAAGGUGGACCUGCUGCCCCAGGAUACUCCUGGUUACCGGCGGCGGCUCCGGGAGCGACUGUGGGACGAUUGUGCCCGCGCCGGGCUCCUGCCGCCCCCUGGCUACCGAAGGCCACAACACCCCAGCGGGGACCGGCCUCGGGACGGGGAGGAGAAUGCGACUCCUUCGACCAAGUCCCGCACAGUGCUCAGGGACGUGCGGCUCAUCAGCGCCAAGACUGGCUAUGGAGUCGAAGAAUUGAUCUCCGUGCUCCAGCGCUCCUGGCGCUACCGUGGCGACGUCUACUUGGUUGGCGCCACCAACACUGGCAAGUCCACUCUCUUCAACACGCUCCUGGAGUCAGAUUACUGCAUCGCCAAGGGUGCUGAGGCUAUCGACAGGGCCACCAUCUCCCCUUGGCCUGGUACUACCUUAAAUCUCCUGAAGUUUCCUAUCUGUAACCCAACCCCGUACAGAAUGUUUCAAAGGCAAAAAAGGCUUAAAAGAAAUGCAUCUGAAGUGGAAAAAGAUCUUAGCCAGCAAGAACAAAAUCAACUUAAUGUCUUGAAAAAGCAUGGUUAUGUAGUAGGAAGAGUUGGAAGAACAUUCUUGUAUUCAGAAGAGCAGAAGGAUGAAGCUACCUUCGAGUUUGAUGCUGAUUCACUUGCCUUUGGCAUGGGAAAUGAACCUCUUACAGUUGCAGCUAAAUCCACCAAACGAGUAGAAUUAACCCCACAAGAUGUGAAAGAUGCCCACUGGUUUUACGACACCCCUGGAAUUACAAAAGAAAAUUGUAUUUUAAAUCUUCUAACAGAAAAAGAAGUAAAUGUUGUUUUGCCAACACACUCCAUUGUUCCAAGAACUUUUGUGCUUAAACCAGGAAUGGUUCUAUUUUUGGGUGCCAUAGGCCGCAUAGAUUUUCUGCAGGGGAAUCAGUCAGCUUGGUUUACAGUUGUGGCUUCAAACUUCCUUCCCGUGCACAUUACUUCCUUGGACAGGGCAGACACUAUGUAUCAGAAGCAUGCGGGUCAUACAUUACUCAAGGUUCCAAUGGGUGGAGAAGAAAGAAUGGCAUCAUUUCCUCCUCUUGUUGCUGAAGACAUUACAUUAGACGAAGGACCUGGGGAAUCUGAAGCAGUGGCUGAUAUCAAGUUCUCCUCUGCAGGCUGGGUCGCAGUAACGCCUCAGUUUAAGGACAGACUGCACCUCCGAGGCUAUACACCUCAAGGAACAGCACUGACGGUCCGGCCCCCGCUCUUACCACAUAUCGUCAACAUCAAAGGAAAGCGCAUCCCGAGAAGCGUGGCCUAUAAAACCAAGAAGCCUCCUGCCCUUGUGUACAAUCUGCAGAAAAAGAAAAAAUAGAUAUACGAAGCUGACCUUGUUCACACUGAAGAUUAACCAUAUAGAACAUAUUACAUACAUUGGAUUUUGUUAAAUAUCAUGGUAAUAAAGCUCCCCACCUCUUCCCCUCUCCUGUCCUUUUUAAACUACUCUGGACAGUGCUUCUCUUUAAAGUACUGAGUUUGUAAACACAAGUUACUUUUUUGUAUGGUGCAUAUAUGUGUGUGUCUGUGGCUCAAAUAUAUCAAAAAAGGAGUUCUGCUACA